CAGCGGGCAAAGCGGAGGAAACAGCAGUAUGCCUCACAAAUCAGGCAGCCAAAAAAGAAAGGAAAAUACAAUAAGAGAGGAGAAGGAGUUGAAGGGUCGACAAUAUGUCACCGAAUAUUUCCAAAAAAAGAGUCAAGUGCACCAGCAGCAGCAGCAGCAGUAGCAGCUGUCUGUCAGCCCCCAAAUCUCCCUGCCCCUGAAUCAGCCCCAGUGCCCCCACAUGAGGAAGGAGAAGUUACAGCAGAAGGCUCUGCAGCAACCUAAGCAGAAGAAAUCCAAGUCGGCUGAAUUUCUGAUGGUGAGGGAGCAUGCGGUGGGCUUAGAAAACCCAGCUUUCCACGGAGGAGGAAGCACCACCGAGAAUUCCCGCUCGUUCGGCUUGCCGAGAGAAAUUUGAGGUGACAGGCCAGAUAGCGCCCUUGCAGCUCACCGGAAAAAAAAAAAAAAUGGAGCUGCAAGCCCCUGCCAAAGAAAGAGGAAACGAACGUGGGAGAAAUGACUUUGACCCGGCGUCCGCGGGGCCGACGGACCCAAGGCGGAGCAGCGGUGCAUCGGGGGUCAGCGGCGAAGAUGAGCUCGAAUUAACUACAUUAAAUGUUGGUGAAAAUGGGCAAAGGCGGGCCGUGUCGAAGGAUGACACCUUCAUCGACAUACCUGGUACAGCGCUAGCCUCCAGGGAUGGGGAGGUGUUAGAGGUGAAGGCGGGUAAUCCAGUGCAGCUCCAUAGUGGUGGUGAUGGUGCCUCAGGCGCCGGACCCUGCCAGACCAGUACUAUUGCCAACACCCAUGCUUGGCCCCGUACUGGGCAUGGACUGGCAGCAGCGAGGGCCGUAACGAGCGGAGAGAGCACUGUAAAUGUAAAGACAAGCGAGGAGGUGGUCCCCCGCCAUGGUCUGCCGCUGAGGGAGCGUGCGCGACCUGACAUGAUCACGCUUGGCAGCCUUUCACUGCAGCAGACGCCACCGAAUUGGAGUCAGUGGGCAAAGAUGAAGAGGAGACUGAGGGCGGUCUUCAGUGGGAAUGAUAUAGCCCCUCAUCCACAAAGCCACGAGGAAACAACCCAGCCCAGACACAACACACCGCCCCACUGUGCCGCUGAAGGCCCGUCGCACCGAGCUCUGGGGGAAGGCCAGGAAGCCGUGUCCAAAUAUGGUCAGAUGACAGGACUCCCACAAUCCUCCUCGUCAGUGUCCCAAUCUCUUUGGCAGGUGCACCACAGAACAACACCCCAGCCUGUGGAUGUGUGCGUGCGUUGUCUAAGGGCCACCAGAGACAAGCUCCCCAGGGGCCUCUACAGCAUCAGCGUGGCCCUUCACAGCCACCUCGGAGGCCCCGCUCUCACCUGGACUAACAAGAAGGACCAACAAGAAUGGAUGGUGUCCACAGACCCUGUUGAACACCAGGGCCACGUCUACGACACAGACCUGCACAUCAACCAGAACCUGGUCAUGAUCCUACCCCCAACCUGUGAGCUUCUGCCCUCCAUGGUCUUCGUGUUCCAACUGAUUGCAUCACCCGGGCAGAGCAGCUACAUGAAGUCAGUUCUGGCCUGGGGGGCGUUUCCGGUUUGUGGAUCGAGGCUCGGCCCGGUCCAAGGCAGGUACACAACUCCACUCCUUCGAGGAGAGCCCCACAGCCAGGUGGAUCAGUUUCGGAAAAUCGAAGCCCUCAUGUCCUCAGAUCUCGAUCACUGGCUGUGUAACAUGUACUUUCAGAUAAAGACCCUCCCACCAGGAACAGAGUGUUCAAUCCCCCCGCAGACACGGCCUUUAAACACUUCUGCCGGGCUCCAACCCGCGGUCAGGCACAGCCGACCACAAUCCAAACGGGAUCCACGACACAUCCAUCCUCAGUCCCAGUUGAACCCGCUCCACGCCGGCCCCAGCAGUGGAGCACGAGAGCCCGCAGUGAUGCAUUCUCCCCGGGGCUCCGCCUUCCACCUGUCAGCUGAUUCCGCUUGUUCGUCAUCAUCUCUGCCAGGGAAGGAUUCUUCUCCACACGUCAUUUGGUCAAGCAAUAGUCCUCACGGGGAGAAAGAGGAGAGUGAGCUUCACUGCAAGAAGAAGCCAAUCAAGAAGACAAAUAGCCGCGGCGCCAGCGUGAGCGGCGGAAACGGCGGCGGCGAACCCGCCACGCACGCGCUCCCUGUGGCGGAGAUGGAGGAGUACACCUUUUCGCUACUAUCUCCUCAAAUUGGACCGGGUCCCUCUCAGCUAUCCGAUCCAGCCCACUUGGCCCUCCGCAUGCUGCCGUCCGAGCUGGGCCUACCGUUACCCCGGCAACAUCAUCAACAACAACAAAUGCGUGGUAGCUGGCGGGGCUCUGUUUGGCAGCUCGGCCUCAUUAUGCUGCUGCUGGCUUUGAUGUGGUUUGUGAGGCUCUACCUGCAUUACUGCAGCCAGUGGCUCUACCUGCAGGCCAUAGCAGUUCCUGUCAACAAAUUCCAGUUCCACGCACACACGGUGGACCUUGUGUACCAGAGUUCUCUGCUCCACACCCGCGAGGAGCUGGCGAUGGUGGUGGUGGGUCCCCUGACCUUGAACGCAGUAACGUUCCUGCUGGUUCUGAUCAGAUGGGGCUGUCAACAGAUAUUUGGCUCACUCCCUUCCUUCACGUCAAAGUUUAUCAUGGCUCAGGGAGUGUGGACAGUCCUGCACCCCCUGGCAGUCCUUGCAGUGGACGCCGUCCUUGGGCAUCUCGUUUACAGCCCAGAUAGACCAGUGGGGGACGCCGCCAAACUUUACUGGCACUUCCGCCGAGUGGACCAAUCGGGUGCAGCCGGGGUGAUCAUCACCCUCUUCCUUUAUGCUGUCAUUUUCCUCCUGUCCGUCACCAUCCUCUGCAUUUACCUGCUCAGAUUUCACAACGACGGCCGCAUUCUGGACGUCUUCCAGAGGCUCACCGCCAAGGAGGGGACUUACUUUCUACCACAGGACUUGGAGCUGUCCAAUCAGGAGCUUAGCUACAUUGUCAAGAAGGCGGAGCAAUGGAGGGGUUUUAAUGGCGAGAGGCGCAAGGUGUCAGUGUACGACUACGUCUGGACGGCAGAGGACCCACUAGCGGGUUGCGCCACCCCUAUAGAUGACCCACAUAGGGAAGAAGGGCCCUCACCCCUGCCAGAGGGAGAGACCAGCACCCACGUGGCCGUUUACACGCUCUACGUGAGCGGGCUCAAGCAGAGGCACCGACAUUUCCUGCGACAACCAGACGGGGCCAUCAUUGAGGUGAUUGGCAACCUGGACAGGUCGGACAACACAACCAGGACCAUGUCCACCCCGGCUCAGAGGACGCACCGGGAGCGACCGGGCGUCCCCCGGCAGCUAAGAAAGCGAAAGAAGCUCUUCGGACGGUGUGCUCGUGUCGAGCCGGUGGGAGGAAGCAGGUGUGACUCCGGUUUAGCCCAAGACCUCAACCAAUGAGAAUCCAGCACUGGGAGGUAUGACUCCAAACUGGGAACAACUGUCGCUUUUUCCUGUAUGCACAUGAUACUUCACAAUAUCAGCAAUAAGGAUGUAACAGUAACAGCUAAAAUAGCAAUACUGCCUUGCUAUUAAGCGGGGUAAUAUCCUGACCGGCUUGAUUUCUAUUGAAUACGUGUCUAUAGCCCGUGCUUAGUGUAAUAAAGUAGCACACAAAUCAGACCAUAAUGGCCGCUUACUUACGCAUAUUGCUUCAUUAAAGGUUGUGAGCUUAUUAGCAUGUGUCCUCGACGCCGGGCAAGGCUUUAAAGAUUUUAUAGAUAGCUAAUACUGAGCUUAAUAACAUGUCAUUUCUAUUAAUGAUGAGUCUCCUUUAUGGGCGGACAUUACACACUGUCUGCUGUUCUCGGGCACGAGGUGGAGUGUUUGCUACGAUAUGCUGUGAUGCUUUUGAUGACCUUUUUUAGUAAACCACAUUAAAACUAGCAGUAUUGUACUCUAAUAAUCUGAAGAUUAUUUAUAUGUUGUAUUUUUAGGUGCAAAUAAU